AUGGCAUCCUUCACUGAGCGUGAGCAGAAGUUGCUUGCUGCCGCCUGUCAGUCUUUCGAAAGCGAGCCCAAGGUCGACAUGGCCAAGUUUGCCGAGACCUCCGGCCUUACCGUCGGUUCUGCCCGUAACGCCUGGAAUGCCCUCAAGAAGAAGAUCUAUGCUCCUGUCGACGGUACCCCCGGCCAGACCCCUAAUACCAUCACCAAGUCGUCUGGCAAGAAGCGUGGUGCUGCCCUCCGCUCCAUGGGUGGUGAUUCUGACGAGGACCAACCCUUCACUCCUUCUAAGAAGCCCAAGGGCCCUGCCGGCAUCAAGUCUAAGGCCAAGGCCAAGGCCGCUCUCAAGGCCUUCAAGGACGCUGACAAUGAGGAUGAGGAGGAUGGCUUUGUAAAAGUCAAGGACGAGGCCGCUAACGACGACUUCGAGGAGCUCUAA